AUGGCUUCCGGAAGCAGCUCUCCAGCAAGCGAUGGUUCCAGCAAGACCUCGGAACCAGAUUCUCCGAUCAUCAAAGUGUCUGAUGACAAUUAUUUCCAUGAUGUGAAGGUAGUCAUCGGAUUACCUAUGGUGGCUGCUGGUGGUAAAGAUUUGACGGGUAAAGACGAGAUGGGUAGCAAAGAUGGCGAUGGGGUGGUGGCGCCUGCAAAUGAAGGGCAGUUGUGCAUCGGGACGAACAAUGACUUGUUACUCUGUGGGUAUUGUACGGAUCAAGGCGUACGAAGGUACAUGGAGGAUCGGUAUAAGAUUAUUCCGGCGUUUCUUUCCCUCCGCUGUAACACCUUCGGUGGUUGUACAGCCCCUCAUUGUGAAUAUGCGUUGGGGAUGUCUCCGGUUCACUACUUUGCCGUUUUCGAUGGCCAUGGUGGUUGGCAGCCCACUAUCACCACACCACCACCAGAAACCACUCAAUCGUCGCCGGAAACAACCGGAUCCCUGCUGGAAACAGCCGACUCCUUUUAUUCCUUCCCACCACCAGAAACCACCUCUCGUAUUCUCUCUUUGGUACCAUCUCUGUCUAUGUCUCCGAUACCACCACCACUGCCCGUCCUUCCUCCCCCCUUUCUUCUCCCCCACCUUUAUCUCCCCCUCCCUUGA